GACAGAUGUUGCUUUUUGGACUCCGCCGACACCUUAUGAGAAAUCAAAGUCUUUGGGUUCCGGGGGUAGUGAUAAACCGUUAAUUGCACAUGUUUUUACCCCUAUUCUGGAGCCGUUUCAGGUGUUGAUUCUCGUGUUUUAGGCCGAUUUCACGCUAGGUUGUGCUUGUUUGUGAUAUUUCAGGUUUGGGAGCGAGUUCGGGGUCGAAUGGACGAAGAUCGGGCGUGAGGCAAGUCUCUGAGGAAGCCACACGAGCACACACAAAACCCACACGGCCGUGCAAGUAACCAAUGUGGCCGUGUGGGAUUGUGCGAGCCUUCACACGGGCAGGAAUAAAUCUCACACGGCCGUGUGAAGGAGCAAUGUGGCCGUGUGGGAUUAUGCGAGGCUUCACACCGGCAGACUGGGUGAGCUACACGGCCGUGUGCCCUUGGCCGUGUGAUCGGGAUUUUCUGGUUUUUACCCAAUUUCAGGCCACAAGUGAGGUAAUCGAAUUUUCAGAGCAAAAACAGAUCCCUAGAGAGAGAAAGUACGAAGAACACAUCCUAGAAGCAAUCUUGGAGCUGGGUUUCAUCAAAUCGAGCUUGGAGAUCGUCAUAGGAGUGGAGAUCAUCAUCCCAGAGCAGAUUAAUCCCAUUGUUAUGAGUAUGACUGCUUUGUAUUAUGUUUUCCUCUCUCUCUCUCUAUGAAGUAGAACCCUUCUCUCACUUGGGUAUGAAGAACCCUAGUUCCAUGUGUUGGGGGAUUUGAUUGUAAUGACUUGGGAUGAUUAUACUGUUUGGUUUUAAUCGAAUGAUGCAUGUUUUAUUGAAUUGAUUGAAGUCUGAUCAGCUUUUCUUGAUUUCUGCUGCAACCUGGAUAGAUAGAAUCUGAUUAGGUUGUUAGAGCCUCAUCAUUCGGUAGUAGGAGAUUGGCUAUACGAGAGUUAGCCAGUUUACUGCUUUGUACUGGAAUCCAAUUCCAGUAGUGGAGUUCUGUGCUUAUUGCUUCAGCUUUCUAUCCCGGUGAAGACUAGUCGUCUGCCGGGUAGUUAGACUGAGAGGGCUUGGUCAGCUUAAGAGAUUCCAAGCUACUGUCGGAUCUUCCGCAGUCUAAUCAACAGUAAAUCAACCCAGGGUAAUUACAAUUGAGACCUAACUAAGGAGCUAGGGGGACUCAUUCCCGAGUGACUCAUCUUUGCUUGAGAAAACCGCACCAAUUCCUGCUUUCUUACUGCUUUUGCUUAAAACAACAAUCACUUGACUUAGAUGGCUAGAUAAUAGAUAAUCACGGAGUAAGCAGUAGAUCUAGACCCCGGGUUGAUAAUAGAACUUGCCACUUUACUGCAUUCCCGGACUACGAUUACACUUGGUCGCAGUUUGGUGUUGUGUUUUGGCGUAUCAAGUUUUUGGCGCCGUUGCCGGGGAACCUCUAGGUUAUUGGGGAAACGUGAAAAUUUGUUACUCUAGCUUCUUCCUUACUGCAUUUUCUCUCUUCCACCUGUGUGCCUUCACGGGUUGCUUCUGCUGAUUGUGUGCAGGUAGUGCAUGACCCCUAGCCAGUCGGGAGAUCUACUACCAUUAGACUAGGAGCUUGAACGAACAUGCUGGAACUUCAAGCGGGCUCUAAAGGCGCGACUGGCUGCGGAAGAAGAGCUAGCACAGCUGCAGAUCGAAGAAGAAGAAGAGAUGGGGGAUCCACAGGACCAUGAUGUGGUCCUUCCCGAGGAGCAAACCAUGGGAUACUACUAGACCGCGCGGGCCGCGGACAUGAGGUCACCCAUUCAACACCCUCAUGUCCCAGCCAACAAUUUUGAGGUGAGCACCUCCGUCAUCACCAUGCUGCGCGGUUCGGUAGUGUUCCGAGGCAAAGAGGGGGAGUGCCCCCGUUCACAUCUCAGGCGAUUCCAUGAGCUCAUCGAUGGAAUCAAGAUUAAUGGGGUCCCAGCAGAUGCCAUCCAGCUGAGGUACUUCCCAUUCACCCUGGAGGGGCAGGCCAAGGAGUGGCUAGACACUCAACCUCCGGGCUCUAUCACCACGUUCGCCAACCUGGCGGACAAGUUCCUCACCCGCUACCAUCCUCCAUCCAAGACGGCGGACAUGCAGAAGCAAAUUACCCCAUUUUGCUCAGGAUGAGGAUGAGACCAUCAGGGAUGC